GGGAGCGCGCUCUCAGCAGCCCGACGCUCCCCGAAAUCGCGAGGCAGGCGUGCGCUGUCCCGCGGCCUCGAGCGCGCGCCUCUCCAGCUCCGGAUUCCCUAGCUAGGUCCGCUAUGGCCCCCGAUCCUGUGCCGACCCCGAUCCCGGCCUCGACCCAACUCCACCAGCCUCGCUACUUUACUUGGGAGGAGGUGGCGCAGCACUCCGGGCGGGAGAAGGAGCGGUGGCUUGUGAUCGACCGGAAGGUGUACAACAUCAGCGACUUUACCCGCCGCCACCCGGGGGGCUCUCGGGUCAUCAGCCACUAUGCGGGUCAGGAUGCCACGGAUCCUUUUGUGGCAUUCCACAUCAACAAGGGCCUUGUGAGAAAGUACAUGAACUCUCUUCUGAUUGGAGAGCUGGCUCCGGAGCAGCCCAGCUUUGAACCCACCAAGAAUAAAGAGCUAACUGAUGAGUUCCGGGAACUGCGGGCUACGGUGGAGCGGAUGGGUCUCAUGAAGGCCAAUCACCUCUUCUUCCUGUUGUACCUGCUCCACAUCCUGCUGCUGGAUGUGGCUGCCUGGCUCACUCUUUGGAUCUUUGGAACGUCCUUGGUGCCCUUCUUCCUCUGUGCGGUGCUGCUCAGUGUAGUUCAGGCCCAGGCAGGUUGGCUACAGCAUGACUUUGGACACCUGUCAGUCUUCGGCACCUCUACAUGGAACCACCUGCUACAUCAUUUUGUGAUUGGCCACCUGAAGGGGGCUCCUGCCAGCUGGUGGAACCACAUGCAUUUCCAGCAUCACGCCAAGCCCAACUGCUUCCGCAAAGACCCAGAUAUCAACAUGCAUCCCCUGUUCUUCGCCUUGGGGAAGGUCCUCUCCGUGGAGCUUGGGAAACAAAAGAAGAAGCACAUGCCAUACAACCAUCAGCACAAGUACUUCUUCCUGAUUGGACCCCCAGCCCUGUUGCCUCUCUACUUCCAGUGGUAUAUCUUCUAUUUUGUUGUUCAGCGGAAGAAAUGGGUGGACUUGGCCUGGAUGCUCAGCUUCUAUGCCCGUGUCUUCUUCACUUACAUGCCCCUGCUGGGGCUGAAAGGCUUCCUGGGUCUUUUCUUCAUUGUCAGGUUCCUGGAGAGCAAUUGGUUUGUGUGGGUGACACAGAUGAACCAUAUCCCCAUGCACAUUGAUCAUGACCGGAAUGUGGACUGGGUCUCCACCCAGCUGCAGGCAACCUGCAACGUUCACCAAUCAGCCUUCAAUGACUGGUUCAGUGGGCACCUCAACUUCCAGAUUGAGCACCACCUCUUCCCUACGAUGCCCCGACACAACUACCACAAAGUGGCACCCCUGGUGCAAUCCCUGUGCGCCAAGUACGGCAUCAAGUACAAGUCCAAGCCCCUGCUCUCAGCCUUCGCUGACAUUGUUUACUCACUGAAGGAGUCAGGGCAGCUCUGGUUGGAUGCCUAUCUUCACCAAUAGCAGCAGCAGUCCUCCAUCUGGGAGAGGAAGAGGACUACUGGAGCCAAAGCAGAAGGAGCUUGAGGGACAAUGCCACUAUGAAUCGAAUGUUCGAAGGGUUAGGGGACAAAGGUGUUUGUGCUCACACCUGCCCCCUUUGCCUUCUAGGUACCAAACAGGAGGGAAGGAAGAACUGUUGGGGUAGGGAUACAAAGCUGUUCUAUUGUUUGUUUUACUUUAGCAGAGGCAAAUGGGGGGACCUACAGAGCCCAGCGUGAAGCAGAGACCCCACCCUGGAAUUCCCCUCUCUUAAAGUAUAAACCCAU